UGGACGCGGUCCGGCCCCCCAAGCCCGAGAGCGCCUGGAGGCCGCCCCGGCGGGAGGGCUCCGCUGCGGCGCUGGAGGAAGAGGACGAAGACGAGGACGUGGUGGUUGAGGUGGAGGAGGAAGAGGAGGAGGAGGAGGGCGGCCUGGGGAGCGCCCCCCCGACCCUGGCCGGCCACGGCAAGGGCCCCCUCCGGGGAAGCCUUAAGGCAGCCAACAUCAAGCGUGAAAUGACCUUCCAUGCAUUUCAACAGGAGGAUGUAAAAAGUGACAUCAGUCGAAAACUGUCAGACCAACAGUUUCUCCUGUUCACCACAAAGGAGGAAGAUUUAAAAACAGCAGAGACCAAAAAACUAAACAGAGCUCAUGAAUAUGAAAAGGAAAACACUCGUUCUGUUUGUCUUCUGGAACAGAAGCGCAAGGUUGUUUCUUCAAAUAUUGAUGUGCCUCCAGUAAGGAAAUCUUCAGAAGAACUGGACAUGGAUAAAGUAACAGCAGCCAUGGUACUCACCAGUUUAUCCACCAGCCCUUUGGUCCGCAGCCCUCCUGUCCGACCCAACGAAUCCCUGAAUGGAUCUUGGAAAGAAGGAGGAUUUGUGCCUUCUAGUACCAGCAGCAGUGGAUACUGGAGCUGGAACGCUCCCAGUGACCAGUCCAACCCAUCCACCCCAUCUCCACCUCUGUCAGCUGAUAGCUUCAAAGCUUUUCGGACACCUUCCCAGCCAGAUGAUGGUAUUGAUGAAGGUGAAACAAGCAACCUUCUCUUCGAUGAACCUAUUCCUAGGAAGAGAAAGAACUCCAUGAAGGUGAUGUUCAAAUGCCUGUGGAAGAACUGUGGGAAGGUACUGAGCACAGCUGCAGGGAUUCAGAAACACAUACGGACCAUUCACCUUGGACGUGUAGGAGAGUCUGACUACAGUGAUGGAGAGGAAGAUUUUUAUUAUACAGAAAUCAGGCUCAACACGGACUCAGUAGCUGAUGGCUUAAGCAGUCUUUCCCCAGUCUCUCCAUCUUUAGCAUCUCCUCCUUCCUUUCCCACCCAAGAUGCAAUCCGUCCUGAAACUUCCUGUGCCAAAACCGAGACUAAAUUGAUGACACCUCUGAGCCGCUCAGCUCCUACCAACCUCUACCUCGUACACACGGACCAUGCUUAUCAGGCCACUCCUCCGGUGAACAUUCCAGGGUCAGCAAAAUUCACUCCCAAUGGCAGUAGUUUUAGCAUCUCUUGGCAGUCGCCUCCAGUUACCUUCACCGGCAUUCCAGUCUCACCAACCCAUAAUCGUCCUGCAGGGAGUGGAGAGCAGAAACAGUCCCACACAGUUCUUGCAUCACCGCCUAGAGUAGCAUUUGGCUUGAGGAAGCCUAGAGGGGAGGGGAAAAAGUGUCGGAAGGUCUAUGGGAUGGAGAACAGAGAUAUGUGGUGCACUGCGUGCCGAUGGAAGAAGGCCUGCCAAAGGUUCAUCGACUAACGAUUGAAAUUAUGCAGAGGAUUUGGGGAGGGGGAGGACAACAGCAGAAGCAGAUUGCUGCAGCUGCACUGUACUUCCCAUUUUCCCCUCCAGUGAUGUGAUGCGGGGGGUUUUGGUUUUUUGGGGCGUUUUCUUUUUUGUUGUUGUUGUUUUUUUAAGAGCUUUGUAUUUCAAAAUGAAGCACUUGUAGCCAAGGAGAAGCACUAAUUAAAACCUGUGUGGAGCAAUAGAGAAAAAAGAAAAAAAAAAAAAAAGCAAAACCAAGACCACACAAGAAAAUCUGUCUCAGUAAGUGUGGAAACCAGAGCAGCUAUUAGUGUUCUUCUGUAAAAGAAAGGAAAAAGUUAAUUAUUUUGCUAAUUCUGUGAGCUGCUUGCUCCCUAGGAUCAUUUUUAACCAUUUCAGUCUUUCUGCUGUGAACAUCUGUAUUUGCUAAACUGAACAUUUUUUCUUUUCCUGAAACGAAGAUCCUUUUUUGAAAGCUUUCUAAUAAACACUUCAGAGUCAUAUAAGCUACAGUUUUCUCAACAAAAGCUGUACUAAGACUGGAGACCGCUAAAUAAUUCUCCUGAUACAAAUGAUCGUGAUUAUAUUUUUGAAAAGGGCAUGUGGGGAAGAGUUGGGAUUUUCAUUUGUUUGUUUAUAGGAGAAAAGCAAAGCUGAUUUUGCAAGAAGGACAUGCAGCACUCCUGGAAGAUUUUUAAAAGAGGCACAGACCGGUGGAGUGGAACAAAGUAAUUUAAGUACCAAAUUGGAUUUUGAUCCUCUAGAGGAAGAAAAGCGGCAGUGGCAAGUCACCAGCAGAUACUGACUGUCACGAGAAGUCUGAGGGAAGAAAUACAGUGAUGCUUGAUUGAAACUCACAAGAAUAUAAAGGGGUUCCAGUAGCUUUUCUUAUUACUCUCCCCUUUCUGAGGGGGGAUGAACAGUUGGACCAGCACAGCUGUAGCUGCAGGAGGCCUGUGAAGAACUGGUAAAUGCAGCCACUAGGAUUAUAGGUAAUACCUAAUUCAGGGACAUGAUCCAGCCCAGCAGUUCUGCUUUUGCUUCCUCUUCUCUUAUUUCAGAGAUUGUUGUUAAGAUAUUGGUUCGUUCAGCUUUUUCUUUUAAAGCUACUAAGAUUUAUUUGAUACAAAAAAUUGGUAAAGAAAAUUCCCUCUUUCCACAACAUCACCUCAGAAAAAGAAGUACAACAGCAAAGGAGCAACAUAUUUGUGGCAAAAAACCAUUUCUUAAUUCAUUUUGAUGCAUAAAUUAACAAGUUUCUCUAUUUGCAGUACUUGGAUCGAUUUGGGUAUUUCAGUUUCUCUGUCCCUUAGGAAGUAUACACUGGAGUGGGGCAACCUGGUGUUCUGUGUCCACUUGUAUCAAAUUGCUGUUAAUUAAUGAUUAUUUCAAUACAAAAAUAAAGGAAGGAUUAACUAGGAAGUGAAUGUAUAUGGCGAAAUAAUACUUGCCUGUUAAAGAAAACAAGACACCUUAAAAAAAAAACAGACACAGAAGCAAAACUUUGUGUAUUAAUAGAGGCAUGAAGGGCCACAAAUGCCCUUAUUUUUUUUCAUAACAUUUGAACCAAUUGAAAUUAGACCGAAUCUUUUUCUACUUUUUUUUUUUUUUUUUUUUUUUUUUAAUUGUUUGAGCUGGCUCAUUCUCAUAAGAGGACUUUUAAGUAUCUAAACAACUUUCUAAAAUCUGGUCCAAAGUUCACUUGAUAGCUUUAUUAAGUGUGCAGUGCUGCUUGUGUCUAUGUAAAAGCACAAAAUAACAGUGCAUUUGUUUGGAAUACACACUGUGGAUUCCAUAGGGUAGCAGUGAAAAGAAGAAUCCAUAAUAGGAGCUACUGAAGGUUAACAUCUGAUUUUCUGUGAACGAGUUAAUUGGGCAAUCAGGUGUCUAAUUUGAGCAUGCUAUUUCUGCAGUUAUUUACAAAUUGUGUAAUUUACAUGCACAAGUGGCAAGAUACGCUUUCAUGCAUGCAAUUACUUGAUUUUUUGCCCAGUUGUGUUCUCUAAGUCACAAAAAAAAGAAAAACAGACUCUGAAAUCCAGUAAGACCCUGAGAUAUAUACACAUAUGAGUGUGUAUGAGUAUUUUUGUAUGUAUGUCUGUAUAUACAUGUAAAACUAUAUAUUAUAUCGUUUUAUAUGUGUAUAUAAAAUCUGAAAUUAACAGGGAAGAGAAGGACUGUUUUCUUUACAAACAGAAGAAAAAGACGCUAAGGGUCAGUUGGUAUACGUAGACACUGUAUUAACUUCUUUCCUCUUAGUAAAACAUGGAUUUUCUUAACAUGGUGUAUUUUUUCAAUUUUCAAAGUAAAAUACCUCAUAGUAAUUCAUAGACAUUUCAUCUUCAAACACUGGGCUUGCUGAUGGUGUACUUACUUCGAUAGAACUUAAAAAAUUUGGGACUUUCCCCGCCUCCCGUUUCAAAAGCACUCCAAGACUAUAAAGCAUUCCAUAAUUCAACUGGUUUUGAACUAACAGUAUUUGCCUAUAUAUUUGUUGUUCACCUCCUUUUUGCUUUGGAGGAUUUUUUUGAAAAUAAUGUAUCAGAUUGUAUCUUGUUUCUAUAAUGUCACGGCAUUGCGAGCACCUUUCCCGAGGGCACUUUACUAAUUACUGUAAUAAGAUUAUUCUUUAUAAGUUUCUGUGCAGAAGAAUGGUUUUGUUGCCAGACCAGAUUGCCCUCUGGUACAAAUUGGAUAUGGAUUGCAUAAAGGACCAAAGCCACAAACCAUCAAAACCGGAGAGAAAGUUGGUGUUAACAAGGCAGAGAACAGAAGGUAUUGAUAAAUCCUGCCAGGACAAAGCUAAAUUAGCAGUCUUUUUAUACAUUUAUACAACCUUUAAUCAGCGGUUUAUAUUAAAUCAGUUUUGGCUCUUACGGUUGUGACAUUCUGGUUCAUAAGCAGGCGCUUGUCGAGGUAGCGUGCCUGAACCAAGGCCGGCGAUAGCGCGACAGCCCGGCCACACGCGGAGCGUUCUGCAGUCACUUGGUGCUGUGAACUCGGAUUGACUCACAUUGCACGAGCAGUUCAGCGCCUGCCGAGAUCCCCUUCGCGGUCCUCACACGGCCAGCAAGAGCAGAAAUGUCAGCUAAGCCUUCCUUCUGCUGGCACUACUGAUCAUAAUCUGGAGUAAUCCCUUCCAUUUUUCAGUCUCUUGCUUCUGUCUUGUUUUGGGCUGUGUCGCUGUCCUCCUAACACCUGAUUUAGCUCACACUUCUGCACUGACCAGUCCAAAACAGUCAGAUUUCUUUGUUCUCCUGAGGAAGAGCUAGCCUGAGUGCUCUGGUCAUUUAUUGUCAUCACUAAAUGCCAGUUCCAGUUUUCAGUUUCUCUGUGGGAGGUGGGUAGGUCAUUGUCUCUGGCCCCCCAGGGAAGUCGGAAAGAAUGUCUUGAACACAUCAUGCAGUGUCUAUGUGCUACAGGGAUUUAGACGUGGGUUCAUCUAUGUCAAGAGCCAGAACUUGAUAUAAAAAUGUAAGGAUCGGCUUUACUGUUAAUAGUAUUGACAUUGGUAACAGAAAUUGCCAGCAUCAGUAUCGGAGUGGAGAUCAGCCAUACUGAUCACAAAUAUUUUUCUUUAGGAGUUUCCUUGUUAGAACAAAGCUAUUUCCCAAUUCCCUAAAAGAUCUGGAAAACGAGAUAAUGUUAGAAGUGAGAUAUUUUAAUGGCAAUUUUUAAUAUUGACUGUGCUCCGACUGCUCCUCUAUGAAGCUAUUGAACAUUAUGACCAUAGUCAUAAAAUGAUUUCCACUCAAAACAAUGUGCCUGAUUCUAUAGUGCCUUGCACAAACACAACAGGAUAUACAAGAUGCAAAGUGAGUAAAAAUUCUGUUCCAAUUUGCAAGUUUACACUUUUAACCAAUACCAGUCAUCACCUAGCAUGUACCUGUUGGCAGGUCAGCCCUGCUUGUGUGAAUAAGCUGAGCAGAAUGCCUGUCUGUUGGAUUACUUUUCCCAAAUCCUUAGCUUGGUAUGAAUGGUAGCUAUCUAGUUAUCUACAAGUUACUUGUAGUCAUUGGCUAUCACCAGUGUCACCAUCUUUAUUCCUUCUCUGCCUCGUUUUUCACAAUAAUGACUAGAUAGGCAGCACAACAGGAGGUAAAGCUUUAGGCAAAAGCUCUUGUAGAACCUGCACGAUAGUUUCCAGCACCAUGCAAUGUCCCAGAUAUUCUUGGCACUAAUUUCACUUUGUCAUUCAUUCUGAUCCAGUACACUGGGAUGGUUUUCUAUUGCUUGCUGUGGGCUGGGACCAGCUAAAAUGAUCCUGUUGAAAAUCCAGGACAAUCACUGUAAGUGUCACACUACAAAGUGAUUUCUUUCUUCUGCUGCCUGUAAAUGUGUUGGAACAUGAUCUCAGAAGCAGGACAUGGAAUUAGAAGCUUGCUAGCCAUUUGUAGAGAUGUUGGAGAUUGCCAGUGAGGCUUCCUUCUAUUGGUUCAAAGUUAAAAGGCAUCUGGUGGAGGAAGUUGUGCUGCACCUUUUCUUAGAAAUAUUUCGAUACAGAAACAUUUGUAAAGCCUCAUCUUGAUCUUAUAUUCAUAUUCUAUUCAAUCUUCCUGUGAGGCGGUAGCACUGGAACUAAAAGCAGUAUGGAGUUUGGGCUUUAAUCUGCGUUUGUCAGGUUUUUCUAGUAGAUGACCAGGCAGGUGUAAGGUAUCAUAGUUUAGAUUUUAUUCUAAUGUAAGUUCAGCAGAGUUUAAUGGCAUCUUUGGAAAAUACGUAGAAGGAAGUAAUGGGUAGAAAUCAAGCUGAGCAUUUAAAUACACUGUCUGCUAGAUGGGAGCAGCCUUUCUUUGCACCCAUGUGGAGCUCGAAAAUCUUGAAGACUGCAAAACAGCCAGUGUACACCUACACUUGAGAGUGCCCACUUGAACUGCUCUUUCCAUCUUUGACUACAGCGCUUUCACACUGACCAUGCUCUCAGUUCUAUCCAAAUGCAGGAUUUAAGGGGUGUGUGUCUCCACUUUCAGCUUUUUGAGCUUGUUCCUCAAUACAGAAAGCACUCAUCAUGUUCUUUGUGCUUCACACAGACCAUUUGCAACAGCAAUGCAGAAAGACCCUGGGAACAGAAAUCAGCCUGUUUCUGAUGGCACCAGCCAGAAGAAAGUACAGGUUGCUCUGGUGUUUGCUCACACUCACAGCAAGAAUUUGUUCAGCUGAUGAAAUAGAAGAGAAUAGAUAAAUUUAGUAACAAGCUGGUGUUCUGCUGGUUUUUGACACAUCUUAACACCUAGAAUGUUUCUCCUUCUGUAUUUGAAUGUGAAUGUGAGAUGUCUCAUACACCCUCGAGGGAAAUAAAUUUAGCAAUAUAAAUGCUCUUUCAGCAUUAAAUCUGAAUUCUUUGUGUAAUUAAAAUUUAAAGAUGGACUUGAACAUUCUAAAAUGUUUGAGUGUUGGUAUUUACUGUUUGCCAAUCCUCUUAAAGAUUCAGCUUUGAUUCUGGAGUACUUAACGUAGUGUGUGAUACCCAGCAUCAAUUAAUAUAUGAUGCAAAUGGCAAUGGCCAGAUAAACAAAAAUUACUAAAAUAAAAGCUGCCUCUGGAAGACAGGAAAAAAAGAAAAUAGUUGAAACAGAUUUCCUCAGGGAACAUGAGAGGGCUGUAAAGACAGGAUGUGAGUUUGUUUGAAUAGAAGAUGUCUAAGAAAAUUUUUUUAUAUAUUUUAGGCAAAAUUAAAAGAGCAAUAUGUCAUUACUUGAAUUAUUAAAAUUAGAAUGAAGCACUAGUUGAUGAACAUGAUCUUAUUUAAUGCUGUAGCUUAGGAAGUUAAAAAUACAAAAAAAAGUUAUACAAAAAUACAGAAAAUCAGCUUAAACCAUAACCUAAUUAUAAUGUAAAUCUAUACAUUUGUGUAAAUCUUUCCAGGAUCUAGUGUAAAUAUAAGGGCUUCUUGUCUACAAAGUUGCUUGGUCAAAACAUGCUUUGUCUGUAAUUGAAUUACUUCUUACCAAAUUACUUCAGCAAGCAAAAAAGCAGUAUGUCAGCGUGAUAUCCUGGAGAGUUCUGUACUGCACUUUGCAAAGGGCUAGUUCUACAUGAAAUUAAAACAUGCCACCUCAUAUUUUUUGUCAUAUCUGCAAAGGUAUCAACUUCAGUAAACCCAAGGUUUUGAACUGGACUGUCUAGGAAUUUGAAAUUACACUAGUUUUGUAAAUUCUCAAUUUUGCUUUAUUUUUAGACAGAAAAAUCCUAUUGGAUCCAUAAUAAUCUUUUCCUAGCAAUGCUUUUUCCUGUGUCCAGGCACUCUGUGUUACAGCUUCCCAAAUAUGUAUACUGAAGUGAAUAAAAAUCAGUGUCUUUACUUUUAGGAACUACAAAUGUAAAUAGCAUUUACAUGGUAUCAGAAUUUUUAGUAUCAUGUUUAACUGUAGUAAUUAAUUCUUAAAGUCAUGCCAACAAAUCUUUCAGGGAAAGGGAGCACAUAGUCUGCAAAUUACAAAGUACAACUGCACAGACAUAGAACUACUGGUGUUACAAGAAUAAGAGGUAGGCUUAGGUUCAUCAGAGCACUUGAGUACAUACUCAAGUUUACCUCCACUUGUGGAGUUUGUUGAUGAGAUUCCUCAUGCUCCUGAAGUUCGGCACACAUUUUUGAGCUACUCUGAAAUCAAGUCUUGGCAAGAGCAGAUACUCCUACAGCUUUGUCUGAAAUAUGCACUUUGUGGGACAAUCUACCUUUUCCUGAAUUUAUGCAAUUUAUCUUGUGUUUAGAAGACCAGCCAAAUUUACAGAAUUCUUUUUUUAUUAUGAUUUUUUGCACUGCAGAAGGGAAGGUGAGAAAGAGACAAGAUCAGCUGUACAUUUCAGCAUGUGAAAGCAUUGGUUAAGUUUGUAAAAGGUGUGUAUUUGACAUCAAGCUCAAAGAAACAUACUUGAGCACACUGAAAAAAAAUACAUGACAAGCAGGUCACAUGAAUUAAAUUUCUCUUGUUCCAUCUAUAUUCCCUGUAUACUCAACACUCCUCCAGGGAACUGGAGGCAUAGGAACUCUGAGUAUGCAAGGAAAUAGAUGCGUUUACCUAAAAGCUUUAGGAAUACGAUGUUUUUAAGCCACAAAUGAUGUUGCCUAUGUGCAAUUUUUAGUGCUAGAAGAAAAUAGAGAGUAGCCUUAUUAACCAGGUGCAAUACUUACAAAGGGCUAAAUUAGGGGAACAAGUGAUGUGUGUUUGUACAUCACUGCAAACAUGUGCUCUCUGAAAACUGACUUUUAUAGCACUGGGAUCUUAAUAUCUCUCUGAAAUGAUGAUGCUGGUCUAAUUUUAUAACUGUUCAUUAUACAUUAUGAAACAGGAUUUGGAAAUUCCUGAGAACCAAAAGGAGGAGGGGGAAAUUGUAAAUCAUGUAGACUGGUGGUAUGUUAUUUUACAUGACAAAAGUAAACUAGAACACCUUUACAAAGCCAUACAAAUUCUGGAUUAUUGAAAGAAAAAAAAUUUACUUCCCUUGGUUACAGAGGUAGUUUAGUCUGAAAUUUGCCUUGAUUUGUCUCUUGCAUUUUCUCAACAUUUUGGGGUGGGGGUUGUAUUCUGAUGGUGAAAACGUUCCUAAAUUACCGGUAUUUGGCUUGAAUGGUAUUAUUUUGAAAAAAACUUCUAAAAUUGAGUUUUUUGUGAUACUGUACAGUCUGAAUGAGAUCAUGCAACAUGAUCUGCUCCACUUAAGCAGAGAAUUCAUACAAGCAGAAGAUUACAGGAAAAUACUGCAUUGAGGAUUCAUUGUUCAGUCAUGAGAAAGAUCUGAACAAUCAACCUAAAAGCUCCACUCACAUAUUUCUUCUCUCCAUCUGCACUGCAGGGUUGAUGGAAUACAGGCUGCCAAGUACGGUGCAUCCGGCUAUCUCAACCCUGUUUGGGGUUGUUUGUUUGGUUAUUUUUCUGAUAAAUAAGGAAAUACAGAUCAUCUUCCCAUCUCUCUUACUGUUUUGUCUUGUGCUCUGGGUCCAGAAUUAGCUGAAAGACAGAAGUAAUCAGGUCUGUUGAACAGAGAUUGGUUCUUUUCCUGUUUGACAGACUUUUAACAAAGUACAAAUGCAGAGAUAUUAGUCAAAAGGGGCUUGAGCCAGUCAGGCAAGACCUGAAAAAAAUUGCUCAGAACUGGAUCCCAGUAGGAGGAAGCUAGUUUUAAGCGGUCAAUUACAGAAGUUCUGUGGUUGAUUUUUGGUGUUUUGGGGUUUUUUUUCCUAUAAAUUACAAGUCUGAUAAAAAGUCUUACUAUACAAUUCAGAGCAGAAUGCAGAUCACAUUGUAAUGAGCUGAGCCCUUGAAGCAGUACAGGUUUUCUCAGGGGAGUUCAUUUAUUCCCAAGAAUAACUUCAUUGACAAAGGCUGCUCACACAGGUAGUGGUUGUAGAACAAAAGCAUGUGGGUUUUCCUCUGUGUACAUUCCACUGGAACUGGGAGUGUGAAAUUGUGAAUCUCCCUUUCUGAGGGCUUGAGAAUUGUGCAUUCAGCUUUAUGAGGGAUGGAUACAGUGGACACCUCUGCACGUGUGCACGGCUCAUGGAAGAGUUUCUAGUGAUACCAAAGUGGCAGUACUCUGGAUGUGUUACCUAGUGACAGACUUAAGGGCUGUUUAGGCUGGUGGUAUUCAGCCUAUAAUCUUUCCUACUGAUACCAGCCCCAGGGAGAAGGGGGUUUCUCAGUAUGGGAUCCAGGAUAGGCAGCCCAUUGUGAGAGGAGCCACCACCAUGUCCGUGUGCUGUUGGCUCAAGUGCUGCCUUUGCUGUGUCCAGCUUGAGGGAGGUUGGUUAUCCACAUGCAUUCAUGACAUGUUCAUAGUACAGAACCCUCUUUUGAAGAGAAAGAAACUCUUUUUCAGCCAUUAAAAUAGAACUGUGGGGUAGCUUUUUUGUUGCAGAAAUUUGCUGAAUGAGUCACGGCAUUGUCAGACUUUGAAUCAGGCACGGUUGUUUCCCUCCUUCCAGAGCCAUGCUGCAGCUCCUGUGGGGGCUCUCACAGACCCCGGGAAUCUUAACCGAGUUUUUCCCAAAGAUUUGCUGGAACCCAGCACUGAGCCCUAAACCAAGCUGGACCCCCAGGUAAAGGAGGCUCUUUCCCAAGUCUUAGACUUCCUAAGUUAGUGUUUUAUUAGUAGACCUUUAUAAAGACGACAUUGCCCCAUUGCUUGCCUCUGGCAUUUUUAACACAGCAAUCAUCCACUGCUGCAUUUGCAAGGAGCCGGACAUUAUUUUGGUUGGUCAUGGAGUUUGGGAAUAUUCUUGUACAUUGACUUCUGCAUCCUGCAUCAGACUGCAGUUCCACAGCAGGUUAAGGUGACAUAAGCUUGUGCUGCUGUUGAAAAAGCUCUUCCUACCCUCAGCAGAAACAUUUCUAGAGGGAAGUUUCCUGAGUUAUGCUGGAUUGAGCCAGUCCUGUACUUGGAGGUCUGUAUAAAAUGCUAGAUAGCUUUUGGCCUGCUGGGUCUGUGCCCCUGCCCUUACAUGGGGCAGGCAUGGUAAUACUGUCUUUAUCCCAUUCUGUCUUGUCUGGAGUCUCAUUAAGGACCUGAAAUCCACCUAUGUCUGCUGGCAUUGAUUUUGAUAUGAAAUUUAAUAUAUAGGGAGAAAGAGAAGAAUUAGAUCAAUAAUAGAAUGUGCAAUGAGUCUUAAGACUGCAUUUUAACUGCACCAUGAGUUUGCUAAGCAGAUACUGUAGGAGUUAAGGGACAUAAAAAGCAACCUUACUGGACCUUGCUCCUCCCUGGAACCAGUCUGGAAUUAUUCACAGUAAUCUCAGGCCCUCCAAGGUUCAUUAAGGAGCUGGGAAGUCAUUACCUCUGUAGAUCUCUGGGCUACAGAGGACCAGGGGAUACUUCUUACCCAGACAUUGUAACAACUAGGAAAGAUUCUCAGCUGCUUUGCUAGUGCAGUUUCUCAGUCUUUUAUUAUAGCUUCAAUUUAAUAGUGAUAGGAAUGCUGGGCAAGAGGUAAAGGGUCACCAGGUAACUGAAGAAAGAGCACCAUCAGCAUCAAUUGCACUGUGGGUUUUUUAACUCUCUGAAAAAGCAAGCAUGUCUUCUUGUCACUUGCUAUUCAUAUUGUCUCAUGUAAGAAAAGCAUUUCCAUCAUAGAAGGGGUGAAUUUAGCACAGGGUAAGCAGCUGUAGGAAACUAAAAACCCAGUUACCAAGUUUUGAUGGGCAGGGGAUUUCUAAAGCAUUCUGCUUGCAGAAGACUGCAGUAUUUAUAUCCGCAGAUCCCUUUUUCUUGCUUCAGUCAAAAGAGAAAUACCUGUGUGCAUACAUUGAUCUUCCUUUGUUUCCUAUCAAAUCUUGUUUCAGAGAGUAUAAAGUAAGUUCAGGUUCUUCUUUAAAAACUUUUUUUUCUGAAUUAUUAUUUUUAGAACCAGAGCAUUUCCUUUUUCACUUCAGUGUAAAAUUACUGAGCUUUAAUUUGCUCUGCAUUGCACUUUAUAUAUUUUUUUCACUUUUUGGGCCAUGUAUUUUUGAUACACAAGACAGUAAAGGUUUUAUUAAUCUAGUUUU